UGAAAUUUUCAAUGUUUUCCAAAUACCUCUGAACUUUGCUUCCCCUUGAAGCACACAAAUACAUAUUUAUUAGAGAAAAAAAAGACAAAAAACCGUUUCAAAAUCGAAACGAAGGAGUCGGAUCGCAAAUGUCUCUCGCCAAGAUUAAUGAACUCAUUCGACUGCUGGAGUAUGGUGUAAGGCCACCCAAUCAAGUCGUUCCUAUGGACAAGAAGGAUAUUCAGGCUGUCUGUCGCGAUGCGCGUCAAAUCCUGAUAGAUGAGGACAUGUGCUUAUCGGUUAGUGCGCCCAUCUGUGUGGUUGGCGAUCUGCAUGGCCAAUAUGAAGAUCUCUUGCGCAUCCUCAAGAUCAAAGGGUUUCCACCAUCUCAGCGAUUUCUGUUCCUUGGCGAUUAUGUGGAUCGUGGCAAGCAUUCGCUGGAAACAUUAACGCUGCUGCUCUGCUACAAAAUCAAGUAUCGACAUCAUGUGUUUCUCCUGCGCGGCAAUCACGAGAGCCAGAGCAUUAAUCAGAUCUACGGUUUCUUCGACGAGUGCAAGCGACGCUACUCCUCCAAGUUGUGGAAGACCUUUGUCGACUGCUACAGUUGCAUGCCCGUGGCAGCUGUUGUCUCGAAUCGUGUCUUUUGCUGCCACGGCGGCUUGAGUCCUAGUCUCAGCUGCAUCGAUGACAUCAACAAGUUGCAGCGACCCACCGACAUUCCAAUAAAUGGACUGCUGUGUGAUCUGCUCUGGUCGGAUCCGGAUCGCAGUUUUGGCUGGAACAAGAGCAGUCGCGGUGUCUCGUUUGUUUUCGGCAGCGAUGUCGUUGAGCGAUUUCUCUAUCGCAACGAUUUUGAUUUGAUCUGCCGUGCCCAUCAGGUCGUUGAGGAUGGCUACGAAUUGUUCGCCAAGCGGCAGCUGGUCACCAUCUUUUCGGCGCCCAACUAUUGUGGUGUCUUCGAUAAUGCGGGGGCAACAAUGUUCAUUGAUCACAAUCUGAUGAUCACUUUUGACAUUUACAAAUCGCGGGCAAUUCGCAGAAGUGGCGUUGAUGAGUUCGUUGAGGAAGCCAAGCGUGUGUAGUAAUUAAUUUGCGACUGGUCUGGUAUGAUAUUUGUUAUCUUCAGAUGCCAAUAAAUAGCUUUGUGUAAAUAUUAGAAU